AUGUCCAGCAGUUAUAUGAAAAAAUUUUACUUCAUUCUACUGAUAUGCAAAAUAUUACUCUUAAAAGUAAGUACAGGAGAUGAUAAUUCAUAUGUAUCUCCUAAAGAUAUGAGUAGUCAAGUGACAACAUUUUUAGGAUUCAAAUGUAAUUUUUCUACUAAGGGUGUACAUAAUUUAGAACCGGAUAUCCUAGAAAAUAGAUCGAUAUUAUGUAGUAUCCACUCAUAUUUUAUAUAUGACAAAAUAAGAUUAACAAUACCUAAAGGUGGGUCAGAAUCUAAGUUUAAGAUAUUACCAGAAAAGUGUUUUGAAACUGUAUAUACAGACAUGAAUAAGAAAAAUGAAACUAAAAUAGAUACAUUAGGUCUAGUUGAUUAUGAAGUAAAAGAAGAUAAAACAAGUGCAGAUUCUGUAGAUAAAAUUUUAACUAUUUCUCCAUUUAAUAAUAAAGAUGUAGAGUUCUUUUGUCUAUGUGAUAAUACAAAAAAGGUAGUAUCUAAUAUUGAAGGAAGGAGUGCAUUAAUACAUGUACGUGUAUUAAAAUAUCCUUAUGAUAUUAUACUAGUUAACUUAACAAAAGAAUCUUACCCAUAUCUAGCUGAUAUAUAUAAUAUUAAAUCAUUUAAUGAUAAAAAAUUGAAUGUACAAUUAAAAGAAGGAGAUCUAUUUGUCUUAGCAUGUGAACAAAUUGAUAAGAAAUGUUUUCAAAAAUCACAUAAUAAUGGUGAAUUAUAUAAAAGUAACAAAAUAGUAUAUCAUAAAAAUUUUACUAUAUUUAAAGCUCCAAUAUAUAUUACUACAGAUACUGUAAAUGCAGAAUGUUCAUGUAAAGUUGAUAAUUCUACUAUUUAUACUACAAUUAUAAGUCCACAUAAUUCAAAAAAAACUAUACAUGGAUGUAAUUUUUCAUCUGAUAGUACUUCUCAUACAUUCACAAAUAAUAUUGAUAUGACUGCUUUAGCUGAUAAUGCACAUAUUACAUGUAAUGUCGAAUUGACCGACAAAAGUUAUAAUCAUUUAUUAGGGAUAAGCUGCCCUGGAGAUAUUGUACCUGAUUGUUUUUUUCAAGUAUAUCAACCACAAGAAGGUGAAUUAGAACCAUCCAAAAUUGUUUAUUUAGAUGCACAAUUAAAUAUGGGAAAUAUUGAAUAUUAUGAUGAUAGUAAAGGUGAUAAUAAAAUUAAAAUAUUUGGCUUAGUUGGAAGUUUACAAGAAACUACUUCCUUCACCUGUAUUUGUAAGAAAGAUAAAAAAACUGCCUAUAUGACAAUUAAAGUAGCAUCCGCUUAUUACGGAUUUUUAGCUAGAAUUUUUAUAUUAUUAAUUGUCCUAAUAUUGCUAUAUAUAUGA